GUUGUUGUGGCGGGAAACUCAUUUUGAACUAAAAAUUGAGAAGUUGUAUUCCUGCUCAGUUUGAUAAUCUACACGUACACUGGCACUUUUAAGAGUUUGUCGGGUGCUCCAAAAUAAAGACAUGGAGAACGAACUGAUGCUCAAAAGCUACAAUCAAAAUGAUGACAAGCAGGAGUCAACACCAACAUCUUCAAAGAAAAAGCGAGUAAAACGUGCUAAAGAUCCUAAUGCUCCUAAACGCCCAACUACCUCAUAUUUCUAUUUUCUUCAACAGUCUAGAGCUGAAAUGAAAGAGAGGGGUGAAAAUACAACUAAGGUUACUGAAGUUACAAAGAUCAGCACUGAGAAAUGGCGCCAGAUGACAGCAGAAGAUAAACAACCAUUUGAAGAAAAAGCAAAGGCUGACAGAGAGAGGUUUGCUGUUGAGUUUUCUGCUUACAAAGAGACAGACGGCUAUAAGAGUUUCAACUUCAAGAACAACUCCAAGCGACAGAGAGAUCCUGACAAGCCAAAGAAACCUCUUGGGGCAUUCUUCCUCUUCAUGAAAGACUUCAGAGAGACACCAGAGUCAAAAGAUUUAGCCUUUACUGAUAUACCAAAGAGGGGUGGUGAGAUUUGGUCAGGGAUGGAGGCGGAUAAGAAGCAGGAGUACAAAGACAGGGCAGAGGAAUUAAAAGAGGAGUACAACCAAAGAUUGAUAGAAUAUUCUGGGAAGAAGGCACGUCUAGAGCUUGGGGCAGGUGGGGAUGCCGACUCUAUUGAGGAAUAUACUGAAGACAGUGACUGAACCCCGUGAAUGGUGAAGAUACAACUCCCUUAAUGCCAAUAUAAUUGUGUAUAUUUGGAGUAAAAACCCUUCAGUAUCACCAGGGUAUCAGCUAAUUGAUAUUGAGGACUAAACAACCAAAUGUAAAGCUGAACAUUUCCAGAGCUGGAGAUCAAGAUUAAAUUGAAGCCCAAGCCCUGAUGCACAGACUUAUUCAAUAGAGUUUGUCUCAAAAAUGUCACUUAUUUUUAUAUACUUCAUCAAUUUCCCUACCUACUAGACCACCCACCAACCCAAUCACCCUUGUUGACAAAUUCAACUUUCUGAAAGUGUCUAGUGUUGAAAAAUAUUUCAAUAGUUUUGCUCUAUUUAGUUUGUUGGAAAUGAUUACAUUAUUGCAUUUCGUGCAAAACGUAUGAGAUGGGACUUUAAUAUAAUGGUUCAAAAAGGAUGUAAUUAUAGGAAAGAAAUAUUUAAUCAGAAUAGUAAAUGAUCACCUAUAUGAUACAAGUAAUAUUUUGUAUAUCUUGACAUUUAUUGCUGUAUGCCAAGUUGCCUGAGCAAAUAAUUAUUGAUUGGCAAACAAAUAAUUAUUGAUUGGCAAAGAAAAUCCAUUAACUACUAAUAUUACAAGUUAUACAUAUCAUUCAAUAAGUAAAGCUAAUUUUGCUCUAAAACUUUUAUUUAGCAAUAUCUGUAGGUUCUUACACA